ACCUCUUUUCUCAGUUUUUCUUUAAAUUAUACCCACAAAUUUUUUUUCUAUGUAUCUCACUCUGCUUUCAGCAUUUUCGUUUGACAAAUUGAAAAAAUCAUAAUUCUCCAAUGGUCCAAUCUCUAGCCCUAGUUUCCCCAACUUCCUUUUCCUUUUCCUUUUCCGUUCAUAACUCCUCUUCCACCGCCGCAUUUGGAACUCACCGCCGUGUUUCGUACAUUGGGAAGAAUAAUAAGAGACUAUCGAUAUGUGCUUCCGCCGUUACCGAGGCUCCGCCGGCGUUGAAGAGGACAAGACCGGCGAGUCUCUAUGAGGUGUUAAGGGUUAAAAGAGAUGCUUCAGCGAAAGAGAUUAAGGCUGCUUACCGGAAUUUGGCUAAACUGUACCAUCCCGAUGCUGCUUCUCUGCCGGAGGAAUCUUCCGACGGCCUGAAUUUCAUUGAGAUUCACGACGCUUAUGCCACGCUCUCUGAUCCUUCUUCCAGGGCGCUGUACGAUCUCAAGUUAAGCGUAGGCUCUCGUCGGCGAGGUUUUGGGCACUCUUCCAAUGGAUUUCGUAUCAGUAGGUCGGAGUUUUAUCCGACCCGGAGAUGGGAAACGGAUCAAUGCUGGUAAUGACAGAUUGUUAGGACCCCAUAUUUCUCCGCCUUCACACUGUAUUUUGUUAAGUGGCUUUAGAUGGAGAUUUAGUUAGUGUACAUCCUGCGUCUUGUUCAUUUUUUUUGUUCUCAUUUAUGCUCCUUCUACUUGAGCCAAUUGGCCAGAAACGAAAGGAAAAAAAAAGUCUUCUUUGAGGAAAUACAUAUUUCACAAUUUCAUGA